UUCUUCCUGUAGCAAGAGGGAGAAGGAGAGGGAGAGGGGGAGAGGGGGAAUGGAUCCUUUCAAUCCGUUCCAGGAAGAGGUGGGCGGAGGGGGGGCCAUCCAGAGCACGUUUGCGGACAUGGCGCUGCAGCACAAGCUCACCUUGCUCGUCGACAACUCGUCCCUCUGCUCCUGGACGUAUGCAAUCUUCUGGCAGCUCUCCAGCGCCGACGGCCAGAUGAUUCUGGGCUGGGAAGACGGCUACUUCUCCACCACCAACGAGAAGAGUACCCAGCGGAACGAGGCCAAGCAGUUCGAUGCCGACCAAAUUCUCAGGCGCAAGGUCCGCCUUGUGCGAGCUCCACGACCUGUGCCAUCCCGAGGAGGAUUAUCGAGAGGUGGACCAUGUCACCGACCAGGAGUGGUUCUAUCUCCUCUCCAAGUCGUGGAAUUUCGCCUGCGGUGAAGGCAUUCCAGGGCGGGCGUUCCAGUUUGGGCAGCACAUAUGGAUUUGCGACACUGUCAAGCCCAUUAACUUUCACUGCGCGCGACUGGAGCUUGCCAAGAGCGCAGGAAUUCAGACAAUCGUCUGUAUCAAGGAUGGCGUUUCUGCGAGCGCAGCGCGUUUUGUACAUCCAUCCCACAGGCGAAGCGGAACUAGACGAAGGAGUGCUGCGGCACAAGGGGAGGAGAGGUAG